AUGGCGUCGCUAGCCUCAUCUCUGCAGUCUCUGAAGAUCUCUUCCUCCCCAUUCACCCAUGGCUCCACUCCCCUCUCUUCUCUCUCCAAACCCGUUUCCUUUCCGAACACCAGGAAGCCUGGUCUAGUCCCGGCGAUAAAAGCCAUGAAGACGAUGCAAGGACGCGUGGUGUGCGCAACGAACGACAAGACUGUGGCGGUGGAAGUGGUGAGGCUGGCUCCGCACCCCAAGUACAAGAGGCGCGUGAGGAUGAAGAAGAAGUACCAGGCGCAUGACCCGGAUAACGUGUUCAAGGUGGGCGACGUUGUGAGGCUUGAAAAGAGCAGGCCCAUCAGCAAGACCAAGUCUUUCGUCGCCCUUCCUGUUCUCAAGAGGAAUGAUCUUGGGAUUCCGAUGGAGUCUCAGCAGCCGUCGCCGCCACCGCAGGUGGUAGAGUAGAGAAUGGUUGUUUAUUUGUAUUUCUGCAAACAUUGAGUUGUAAUUGAGUUGAACUGUUGUUCUUGGAAUGUGUUUUCGUUUUCAGUUGAAAUGUUAUUUUCUUGACCACAAGCCCUUGGACCUGUGGUAGAAGCAAAUGUAUCUCUCUUCUUACA